AUGAGUGAUACAGAAACAGAAUCAUUGAAUCCUUAUUAUAAGGACAUUCUUGCAUAUCUACACACUCAAUAAAUUCUGAUAUUUUAACAAGAUGAUAUGUUGGAUGAGUUUAAAAUACUAUCAUAAUUUUAAUUUAGGCUAAAACUUAAAAUCUCAACAUUAUACCUAGCCAAAUCAAUUUAUUUAAGAACUAAUAUAUUAACAUAGGAUUAUUUAUUAACAAGUCUUUAGAUUGCAACUAAAUUUGAUUAAUAAGAGAGAUGCAAAUGGUAGAUGUCUACAAAAAUAGAAACACACAUUUUACAAAAGUUAAAUUUUGAAAUAACUAAACCAACUGUAAUGGAUUUUAUUGAACAACUAAUCUAUUACAUUAAAAAAACAAAAAGAAUAUCAGCUGAAUAAGUUCGAUUGAUAUAUACUUUAUCAUUAAUGGCAUUACCUUGGAAAUUGAAUUACGAACCUUCUCAAAUUGCAUUUGCAAUUAUUGUAUACUCUUCAUUCAUUUUAGAUCAUAUCCUUCACACUCAAAAACAUCAAAAAUCAUGAUUUCCAAUCUGAUUGUUAUCCUGAUGUUUGUUAACAACUACUCAAUAAGUAUGAUUAGAAUAUCAUUAUUUCCUAAAAAUAUCCAUCCAGCUUUAUUCUAAUCAAAAAGAACUUAUAUAGGCUCUAUUGA